AUGUACAGGAUCAGUGACAACGGUUAUGUACUCUCACUAACAGAUGGUACCAUCUCCACUGAAACAGUCUGCAACCUCUUCCCUUUUCUUGUACGGAAAGAAAUGCAGGAAGCCACUCACCCUGGUAAAGUCUUUGUGACCCUGGAUGUGGAAACAGCGAAUCCCCGGCUCGAGGUCUCUGAGGAUCUGAAGAGUUUGAGACGGACCGUGUCCCCGAGGAGUCUCCCUGACACCGAGAAGAGGUUCACAGCCUGGGACUGUGCCCUGGGAUCAGAGGGAUUCACAUCAGGGAGACAUUACUGGGAGGUGGAGGUGGGGGGGAAUCUGUGGUGGAAUCUGGGAGUAGCCUCAGAGUCUGUGGAGAGGAAGAGACGGGUCAGUCUGAUCCCAGAGAAUGGAUUCUGGACCAUGGGGCGGGUUGGGGAUCAGUUUUAUAUUAACUCCUCUCCUCAAUCCCCUCUCCCUGUCGGUCUGAUCCCCAGGAAGUUGGGAGUUUAUCUCAGUUAUGAAUCUGGGACAGUUUCAUUUUACAACGCGGACACCAAGUCCCAUCUCCACACCUUCACUGGGAAUAAAUUCACUGGGAAACUUUACCCUUUCUUCGAGGUUUGGGGUUUAAACCUGUUUCUGAGAAUCAGCUGUUAAAGAGGCGGGGCCUCCCUGACGUCACAUUGACCCCCAGGUUUAGGGUCUGGGUCAGGGAUUGGGGUCAGAAACCUCCCAUUGAAAACAGAAUGUUACUGAAUGUGUUAUUGAAUUCUGAGAUUAUACUUUGUAACAUCACAACCAACCUGUCAAUAAAUCAGAUACAAAUAUAAAUGUCAGAUGGUGAAAAUAAAAAGUAAAUUAAAUAUCUUGUGUCUCUCCUUCCUUC